GCCUUCGGGGUUGCUUUUGCGGAGGCGCGUCUGAGGAGAACGAUGAUCGACCCGCAGAAACGGAAGGUUCCCGGCCCGGAUAUGGCUAUGGUUGCGGCGGCGUCCGCGGCUAAGAAGCCCCGGCACGAGCUUAUCUUGGGGCCGGGCCCUGGGCCUGGGCAGCCGCCUUCGGGCGCUUUGCUGCAGGCGGGCCCCCCAAGAUGUUCCUCCCUCCAAGCACCCAUAAUGUUGCUUUCAGGGCAUGAAGGAGAAGUUUAUUGUUGCAAGUUUCACCCAAAUGGAGCCACCUUAGCAUCAGCUGGAUUUGACAGGUUGAUACUGUUAUGGAAUGUGUAUGGUGACUGUGAUAAUUAUGCCACUCUGAAAGGGCAUAGUGGAGCAGUUAUGGAACUACACUAUAACACCGAUGGCAGUAUGCUGUUCUCUGCCUCCACGGAUAAAACGGUAGCAGUGUGGGAUAGUGAGACAGGAGAGAGAGUGAAAAGACUCAAAGGACACACGUCGUUUGUGAACUCCUGUUAUCCAGCAAGACGUGGUCCUCAGUUAGUCUGUACAGGCAGCGAUGAUGGAACAGUAAAGCUAUGGGACAUCAGGAAAAAAGCUGCUGUUCAGACAUUUCAAAAUACCUAUCAAGUAUUAGCAGUGACCUUCAAUGAUACCAGUGAUCAGAUAAUAUCUGGAGGCAUAGACAAUGAUAUCAAGGUAUGGGACCUUCGUCAGAACAAGCUAACUUAUACAAUGAGAGGGCAUGCGGAUUCUGUCACGGGUCUCAGCCUCAGUUCAGAAGGCUCUUACUUGCUUUCCAACGCAAUGGAUAAUACAGUUCGUAUCUGGGAUGUUCGGCCCUUUGCCCCUAAGGAGAGAUGUGUAAAGAUACUCCAAGGGAAUGUGCAUAAUUUUGAAAAGAAUCUUCUACGAUGCUCCUGGUCACCAGAUGGAAGUAAAAUAGCGGCUGGAUCUGCAGACAGGUUUGUUUACGUGUGGGAUACAACCUCCAGAAGAAUCCUCUACAAGCUGCCAGGCCAUGCCGGUUCAAUAAAUGAAGUAGCUUUUCAUCCAGAGGAACCAAUUAUACUUUCUGCAUCUAGUGACAAAAGGCUGUAUAUGGGGGAGAUCCAGUGAGGAUGAGCAGAAGAUGACCACGAUGGUUAACACUUGGAUUUGCCGAAUUGGAUUCGUUCUAACCAAUUUGAAUUGCUCUGUGCACUGGAAGAUAGAGACUGCAGCAAUGCCCCAUCACACACAGAGUUAAAUAUUAACCAUCUGUAUUUUAAAGGAUCCCUCCCUGAAUUCUUGACCACGUUACAGAAGAUUGAAAAGGCUUGCGGUCUAGAAUCAUUAGGGUUUGAGAUGGAUGUACAGAUGUCUUGUUUUAGCUGCAAAAUGUGCUUUUGGUUCAUUACUGAAAUCAUUUGACAGCUGUAAAUGGAGCUGGGAUGUUUAAUAUUGUAUGCCCCCCAUCAAGUUGGUUUAUCAUUUUUAUACUGAAAAAAAUGUAAUACUUUGCAAA